AUGGGCUCCGCUGAUCCCUCCAUCUUCGUGUCCAUCCCUUCUUACCGGGAUCCGGAGUGCCAGUACACCAUCCGGGACCUUUUCAGCAAGGCGUUGAAACCCGAGCGGGUGUUCAUCGGCGUUUGCUGGCAGGCGGACCCAGAGGAGGAUGCGGCGUGCUUCCUCCUUGAGCCUCCCAGCCAUCUGGCCUCAAACGUGCGCGUCCUUCCGCUGCAUCACCGAGAUGCACGCGGUCCCUGCUACGCCCGGGCGCGCAUCCAGCAAGAACUCUACCAGGACGAAGAGUACUACUUCCAGCUGGACAGCCACUAUCGCAUGAUCCCGAAUUGGGACGAGGAGCUCCUCAGUCAGCUGGAUCUCUGUCGAAAGCAGAGUGCGCGGCCCAUCUUGAGCACUUAUCCGUCGAGCUACACCCUCCCGGAGGAUUACCAACCGGGAGAAGAAGACCGGGCAAAGCUGCAUCCGGCGAAGGAUCCCAUUGUCCUGUGUGCGAAGGGAUUCGGCGCUGACGGCUUUCUUCGGAUCACCGGGAAGAGCUGCAAAGCCUCCGCGUUCGACGUGCCGCAGCCGGGGAUCUUCUGGGCAGCCGGCUUUUCCUUCUCCUCGGCUGCGAUGCUCCGUGAGGUUCCCUACGAUGUGGAGCUGGAAGACCUCUUCUUCGGAGAGGAGCCCAGCAUGGCCACGCGGCUCUGGACGAGCGGAUUUGAUUUCUUCGCGCCCACAAAGGUGAUCGGAUACCACCUCUGGACACGCAAGCAUCGCCCCGUCUUCCGCGAGCACGGAAGCGAGGAACAGAGGCGACGCGAGAUGGAGUCCCAGCAACGUGUGCGGCAGCUGCUUCGUGGGGAUGCGGACGUGCCAGGAGGAGGUCUCGGCAGUCGCAGGCCUCUCGCGGAGUACGAGGAGCUCGCUGGGCUCAGCUUCGCAAACCGGACGCUUUCUGUCCGAGCUCGGCGAGGUGGCUUUGCGCCGGCGGUCUUCUGUGAUGGCGACCCGGCCUCUACCGUCAACGCAUCGGCGGCGAGCAAAGGUUACGGGGCGCCUGGCGGUGGGCUUCCCACGAACGUUGCGUUGCAGAUCCAAGCCCUUCUGGGCCAGGGCCCAGCCGCGCCUGCGGCCGCCGCCCCGGCACUUGUGGUGCCCACGCUUCCCCUGCAGCCUCCGAGGCUCCUUCACUGCAGGGGCGGCGAGCCGCAGCUGCUAAGGCCCAUGGAGGUCGAGCUGUUGAACUCCCAGGGGUUUCUCUUCAUGGACAGAUUUCUGCAGGAACGGUGCUACGGCCCGUUCUGCAGCCAAUGCCAGCUAGAGCCGGCGGAGGCUUUGGGCGCCGUACGCCGAGGCUUGGCAAAAGCCCGGCUGCGGCCGGCGCGCUUGGGGCGCGGCGAAAGCGUUUGGAGCAGCACAGCGGUUCGCGGCGACGAGAUGACAUGGCUCAGCUCGCCAAAGGCGGCCGACGUGUCAGGCCUCUGGCGCCACGGGCAACGAGCGCUUCAGCGGCGUGCCGGCCGGAGCCAGGAGCCUGGGCGCAAAGAUGCAGGGCAUGUGGCCAAGGCAGCCACAGGUGCCACCUCGGCCACUGAGUACGAUUCCAUCACGGCAAACUUGCAGUCUAUGUUUGCAAAGAAGGAGCCUCGAGCAGACGAGAGGGGCGAUUUCCACGCCACCGGCGAAGAUGCGGUGCUGGCUGCAGACGAGCAAGACCCGGAGUGCUAUGAGGAGUUGGACGUGUUGCUUGUGGCCAUCGCGGCCCUGCGGUGCGAGCUGGAUGAGGCCUUUGGCUUCGGCUGUCGUCGAGUGAGCACCAUGGUGGCUCGGUAUCCGGGCGCUGGGGCACGCUACGCCAGACAUCGAGAUGCAUUGCCAAACCACGACGUGCGCCGGCGGCUCACUGCGGUGUACUAUGCCAACGACGGCUGGCGCGAAGAGGAUGGUGGCUGCCUACGGGCUCACUUUCCUGCAGAGGUGGGCCGACAUGUGGAGGGUGCCCGGCCGAACGACGGCAGCGAGGAGGGUAAGGAGGCAAUGGGUUUAUGA